CUCAAGCUGGCAUGUAGUGAAAGUAGUGACGUAGUGACGACGUGUUGUUGCUUGACCCCUGCCUCCUUCGUUUGGACGGCCUGAGCCCGGAAGGAAUGAAGGCAUUACGCAGCAUGUGGCGAGGCCCAGUCUUUGCAGUGAUUCUGUUCAGCGUGGCAUCGCAUGGGGAGACGGAGAACACCACGACGACAGACAUAACGACAACUGCGGCUGAUAAUCCGAAUUUGACGACGACGACGACGGUUACAAUAUUGGAAUUUGUAACUGGCGAAAUGCAAGCCACCGUGAGCAGUUGCGUGACCUUGCAAACGGACACAGGCCGUGGUGCCAUCAAGACAGGUAUCGCCACCCUUGCGCAGGUGACAGAGGCGCAAGUUAGUACUGUGGAUGUGACUUGUCCAAAUCGCCGCCUCUCCUUCUUGCCUAGGCUCCUGUCAGCAACCGCGCAGAUUGGUUUUGGAAUUCAAGUCUUGGGUGGCGAUGGUGCGUCCAUUCAGGCGCGCAUGGAGUCGACUGACAACGCAAGCCAGCAGCUUCAGGAUGCGAUCCAAACAGCCGGAUUGGACGUAAACAUCACUGUUGAUUCAGCGGUGGCAAGUCUCGUUCAAUCAUUGACUACACCGACAACUACUGCAAUGUCAACCGCUACGACGACAGUGGCAGGAACAACAAGCUCCUCAGAAUUUCCUGUGGAACUACUUAUAGUCAUAAUCCUUUUGUGUGUCGUCCUUAUUUGUUGCGUUUUGCCAGUGGGUGGUAUCAUGUGGCGGAAGCAGGUGCAGGAACAGCGAGUCAUGGCUGUGCGCAAGCUGGAUGAUGAGGUAAUUCAGUUGGAGACCUUAUUCGAUGAGCUGUCCACACAGGUAGAAGUUUUCAACGACAAGUGCCAGAAAGAGUUGGAUGGCCGGUAUCAGCGGGAAUUCCGUGAUCGAGUGGGUGAUCAGCAGCAAGGCUUUAAGCAGAAAUGGGAGGCGCUCGUCGAAGAGAAAAAGCGAUUCCUGAAGGAGUACGAGUUCGAGAUGUUGCGGCGUCAGCCUGCAGAGGUGUCCAGGCAACCGUCAACGGUUGCACAACCGCCACCUACUUUGCAAGAGAAGAUCUGGCCGCCAAUGCCCGUGACAGAUCCGAAUGUGAUUCAGGGGCAGCAUAAGCAGCUCAAUCAGCUGGACAAGACCAUGAAGGAGACCUGCGACAUAUUUGGUCAGCAAGUGCGCCUAGCCUUUCCCAACGGCCUCCCUGAGAUUCCAAGUCCAGGUGUCCUGGGUUCCAUUCGCAGCGAACCCGUGAAUGCAAGUAUUCAGCAGGAAGCGUCUUUGCUGGCACCUUUUACGCAUCCACUUUUUGCCCAAGUGACGGUGAAGCCGCACGGUGUUUUAGGGGCUGGAGCUGGAGUGGCACCUUUCACAGAGAUUCCUGCAGUCGUAGUGGAUCCUGCUGGCUGGAGAUUCGUUGGAAAGACAGGUGAGGUGAAAGGAGCAGGGGGUGCUGCUGGUGCAAUCUAUGAUUGGUUGGGACUCAAAAAGACUGGUGGGAAAUUCCCGGCAGAAGUUCGAGAGCAUUUCAGCACGCAUACCGAAGAAGAAGCCGAGACUCGUGCGAAGUUCUUCGCAUACAACCAGGGCAUGCACGUCAUCCAUGUGGUCGGACCAAAGAUUCGAUCAAUCCAGAAUGCUUUGCAUGAUUUGUCACGAACGUACGUGAACGUGUUCGAUGAGUUCUGCAAGGUCUAUGAGGGCCCUGCAACGACCAGCAGACCAACAUCGCAGGUGUUGCGCCUGCUGCCGAUUUCAUCUGGCAUUUUCUUACAAAACAGAAAGCUUGAGCGAUACAUGGCAGAGAUCACAUGGAGUUCCAUUGUUCUUGCCUUUGGUAUGAUGCCAACCGCUCAACAAGAAAUCCUGCGGAAUUCGUCCAUUGAAGUUUGCAUUUUCAAGAAGGCAGAGUUCAAGUUAUACGAACAAAAGCUCAAAGAGAAGAAGAACUUGCUGGAUAGCUCUAUGGCAAACAAAUUGAAGCUCACAGAGACCUUCGGUGCAGUGCCGGACAAAGGUGGCUUCGAUUGGGUUCGUACCAAGAACAUGCCCACUGAUCGCCUUGAACGCCUAGCAUGCUUUACCCGCACAGCACAUGCGUUGGCAGCGCAGGGCUUCACUUCCCAAGCAGGAGAAGUAAAGCUAGAGCUUCAACCAACGAUUUCCGGUACCGAAGUGGUGAGAGCAAGCGCCUUCAAUGGCACAGGAAGCGGAAGGAAACUUUUGCAUCAUGAGAAUCUGACAGUCAUGGAGGUGGCCCUAAAGACUCAGUCUUCUGGAAAGAUGACCAUGGCUGUGAAUGCAGCAUCUGCUUAUCAAGUUGGAGGAGGGGUCAUGAGUGGAGGUCGCCAUGCCUUGGAAGAAACCUGGUGUACAAUGUCUACUCUACUUCCCUCGUUGCAAAAGGUUCAAUGGCAGGAUCGCCGAGACACUUCUCAUGCCCCGCCAGGUGGCCAUCACCUACACCAGCACAUUCCAGUGGAUGCGUGCGUUUUGAGCCCGGCUAUCCAGGUCUUUAGAGACACCAGUGCCAAGGGAUACCGUUUUCAAGAGCGGCCUGUCACCCUUACCGGUGUUUGCAGCAUGGCUAUGUUCAACAUGAACUCCCGGGUGGCAGACAGCCCACUAGAUGCUCCUCGUGAGUUCACUGAGUACUGCAAGCAGGUGAAGGACAAGUUUAAGGCUGCCAUGGCCUGCAUGCUAAAGCUCAAGGCAACUGUGCUUGUUUGUCCAGAUGUUGGCUGUGGCGUCUUCGAGAAUGACCCUGAAGUUAUGGGCUGCUUGCUUGGCGAGGUUGUUCUGGACUAUCCCGGGGACCUUGAGGUGAUCGCAACAGGGAAACCGGCCUUCUUUGAUGCUUUGCGCAAGACCGUUGAGGCUGAUCCCAAGCUUCCGCUCAGAGCAACAGGGGCUGCACCAGCCUCCUUUGAAAAGCUGAAGGCUGCGCCUCCCAAGGCUGCGCCUCCCAAGGCUGCGCCGUAUGCACCAAAGGCCAAGGCAAAGAGUGCUCCUGGGACAAGUGCACCAAGUGGAGCAAGUGCAUCUGGACCCCCAUUGGCGGAAGCCAAAGCAGUGUCACCAGCGGCCCCAAGUGCACCAAAAGCUAAGGCCAAGUCAGGAGCAGUGCAAGCGAAAGCAUCACCGAAGGCUGCACCAAUGAGCUGAUAUAGAGAGCUUGCACAUUAGGUUGAAUAUUCGCCAAAUGACUGGUUUCCCAGCAAUGACUUAGCAACUUGCACAACCCCUCCAUAUGUGAAGUGCUUCGGAACCCAGCCGCAUGGGCUAUGUGGCGAGCUUGAAGCUUAAUUCAGCUUGUGGUGAAGACCCCAAGCUGGUCCAGUGCUUGCAUCAAGUGGCUGCAACAGAUUUGCUAUGAUGUGUUCCAGC